AACAAAGUAACGGAAGAAGGUUCAUCGCGUGCCCCCACCUACCCUUCGUGCGUAAUUCAACUAAGUUUUCUCUUUCAACGCGUUCAUAACUUCAAAAAUCUCCAUCUAGAAUCUAUAUCAAUACAUAGAUAUAUAUAUAUAUACACACAUAUAUAUCGCUCUCUGUAUAAACUCUAAAACUACAUACAAAUCCCUAAUUCUGAAUUCAGAUCCUAUUAUUUUCAAGCUUGUUCAUGGCAUCGUCAUCUUCUUCUUCGAUUCAUCAAGUCAAUUUUCGAACCCUAGUCCUCGCCAGACACCUCAACCACCCCAAUCUUCAUUCACCUCCAUCUCUCGAACCCUCCGUAUGUCUUCAAUACUCUCCUCCGGAGCUCUCCGAAAUGUUCAAUUUCGACACCAGAUCCAUGCGGAAGCUGAUGGACGGCCACAAUUUGGAGGACAGGGACUGGUUGUUCGGAUUGAUGAUACAGAGCAAGUUGUUCUGCCCUAGAGAGAGGGGAGGGAAAGUUUUCGUGUCGCCCGACUAUAAUCAGUCGAUGGAGCAGCAGAGAGAGAUGACAAUGAGGCGAAUUGGGUACUUGCUGGAUCGUGGAGUUUUCGAUGGGUGGCUUAUGGCCAAAGGGCCCGAUGCUGAUAUGCGAAAGUUCGCCUUUUUUGAGGCCGUUGGUUUGUAUGAUCACUCACUUGCCAUUAAGCUUGGUGUUCAUUUCUUUCUAUGGGGUGGUGCCAUCCAAUUUUUUGGCACAAAGCGCCAUCAUGAGAAGUGGUUGAGAGACACUGAAAGUUACGUAGUCAAAGGUUGCUUUGCAAUGACUGAACUUGGGCAUGGAAGUAAUGUGCGAGGAAUUGAAACAGUCACCACCUAUGAUCCAAAAACUGGCGAGUUUGUAAUUAACACUCCCUGUGAAUCGGCUCAGAAGUACUGGAUUGGAGGGGCAGCUAAUCAUGCAACACACACUAUAGUUUUUUCACAGCUCAAUAUAAAUGGAAAGAAUCAAGGGGUCCAUGCUUUUAUAGCCCAGAUCAGAGAUGCAAACGGCAACAUCUGUCCAAACAUAUCUAUAGCUGAUUGUGGUCAUAAGAUUGGCUUAAAUGGUGUUGACAAUGGCCGAAUCUGGUUUGACAAUGUCAGGAUCCCUAGAGAGAAUUUGUUGAAUUCAGUAGCUGAUGUUUCUCCUGAUGGGCAAUAUCUUAGCACAAUAAAGGACCCAGAUCAGAGAUUUGCUGCAUUCCUGGCCCCUUUGACAUCUGGUCGCGUGACCCUGGCAGUCAGUGCAGUUUACUCAUCAAAGAUUAGUUUAGCAAUUGCUGUUAGGUACUCAUUGACAAGGCGGGCAUUUUCUGUCACACCAAAUGGACCUGAAGUGCUUUUGCUUGAUUACCCAAGUCAUCAACGGCGGCUCUUACCUCUUCUUGCAAAGACAUAUGCCAUGAGUUUUGCUGCUAACUACUUGAAAAUGAUAUAUGUGAAGAGGACACCUGAAUCAAACAAAAUAAUCCAUGUUCUUUCAAGUGGAUUCAAGGCUACCUGUACCUGGCAUAACAUGAGAACUCUUCAGGAAUGUCGUGAAGCUUGUGGGGGACAAGGUCUGAAGACCGAAAAUCGUAUUGGUCAUAUGAAAGGUGAAUAUGAUGUGCAGUCCACUUUUGAGGGGGACAACAAUGUUCUUAUGCAACAGGUUAGCAAGGCACUUUUAGCAGAGUAUGUUGCAGCCAAGAAGAGAAACGUGCCAUUUAAAGGUUUGGGAUUGGACCACAUGAACAAGUCUUCCCCGGUCAUCCCAUCUCAGCUGACAAGUUCAAUCCUCAGGAGCAUUCAGUUCCAGACUGAUAUAUUCUGCCUUAGAGAGCGAGACCUAUUGAAUCGUUUUGCUGCUGAAGUUUCACAAUACCAAGCACAGGGAGAAAGCAAAGAAUAUGCAUUCAUUCUGAGCUAUCAUCUUGCUGAAGACUUGGGGAGAGCCUUUUCAGAACGAACAAUUUUGCAGAUCUUUAUAGAGGCUGAGGCAACUGUGUCUGCUGGCCCAUUGAAGAACAUGUUAGGUUUGUUGAGAUCCAUGUAUGUCAUGAUCAGUCUGGAAGAAGAUGCUGCAUUCCUCCGAUACGGUUACUUAUCAACUGAUAGUGCUGCUGCAGUGAGGAAAGAAGUAACGAAACUUUGCAGUGAACUGCGACCACAUGCACUUACCUUGGUCAGUUCCUUUGGCUUACCUGAUGCUUUCUUGAGCCCUAUAGCUUUUAAUUGGGUAGAGGCAAAUUCUAGGUCUCCAGUUAAACUCUAGCUAGCUUGGUGCGACUAUUUACCUUCCAUCUCUAGUUGAUGGAAAUGAGUGUUAUAUCUGUGGCUUUCAAGUAUCUGUCAAUAAGUUCGCAUAUCGUUCCUGGCUGAAUGGCAUUAAAGUAUGGCCAUUGUUUUGUAAAACUAUUUAUCAUAAAAUAAUAAAUGGAAUCUUAUUUUACUCAAGCA